AUCUCGAUCUUUCGUCAGUCUCUUCCUUUAUAUGCACAAUAUCACAGAUUUCUACCUUCACAGGUUUCUCUUUAGCAUUUGUAUUCAACAUGCACACAUUGAGUCAAAAAAAAACCAUUGCUAUUUAUUAAUGAAAUUAUUCAGGAAGCAUCUUUGUAUGAUGUACCUAAGAAUGGGAUGAUCACAGGAUUUGCUCAUUUCUACUCCUACAGUUCGAUUUUUCUAAUAUUAUCACAAAAGAAGAUUGAAAUAUCUUAGCUAGCACGUUUGAUUGGAGGGCUUGUGAGAAAAAAUGACUGACUUUCGAUCAAUGCUGUCGACACACAAACUUUUCUAUUUUUGUUUUCCCCAGCUCCAAAAUGCGCCUGCGAAUAGAGUCUACACUAUGAAUACUUUGUGUAAAAUUAGCCCUGCAUUGAGUAAUUUGAAUUCGAAAGUGAAAUUCUGAAAUUUACUUUGUAUGCAACUUUUGUAAUGGGGAAAAAGAAAAGUCAGAAGAAAAACAAGUCGAGGAAUAGCAGUGGUUGUAAAGAAAAACACGUAGAAAAUUCCUGUCCCCAUGAUAGAGAUGAUAACCCGAAGAAUGUUAUACCAGGAAUAAAAAUAAAAAAUCAAGAAAAUCAUAGAAAGAAGCCAGAAGAGAGCAGAGGUGUUAAUUUAUAUCCAACAAAUGGGCUUUCUGUGAAAGGUUUAACCAACCUUGGCAAUACAUGCUUUUUCAAUGCUGUGAUACAGAAUCUCUCUCACUGUCAAUUAUUCUGUGUUGCUGUGGAGAGUAUAUCAAAGACGUUUGAGCACAGCAUUUUACCGUCAGAUGAAGAAAAAUGGGAUAGAAUUACGGUGAACGUUACAGACAAACCUGGUCCUUUGACGACAGCAUUAGUAAAGUUUAUCGACGAAAUGAGAUCUGAUGGAAAGAAAGCUGUCAUUAAUCCAUCUUAUUUGUUCACAGAAAUUUGUAAGAAGGCUCCAAGAUUUAAAGGUUUCCGUCAACAAGACAGCCAAGAACUGCUCCGAUAUUUGUUUGAUUCAAUACGCAGUGAAGAAAUCAAGAAUGUUAAGCGAGCAAUCUUACGAUGGUUUGGUGUGAAAAGUUGUGAAAACGAAGAAGGAAUGACUUCCAAUCAAGUAAAUGAGGAGAUUCAUGAAAAGAUCAAACUCUAUGGACGUAAAGCAAAAGCCCCUGUUAUCGACUCGUUAUUUUCUGGACAAUUGAUCAGCUCUGUGGAAUGUAGAAGUUGUCUCAAGGUAUCGACAACAGUUGAGAGUUUUUUGGAUUUAUCAUUAUCUUUAAUCAUUCAUAAUAACAACGCUUCUUUUUCACCAGUACGUGGAAAGAAUGAUAGGACAAGAAAGAAAGCACCAUCUUCGCCUACAUUUUACGCACAAAAUUCCCCUAUUGCUCUUGUAUCACCCUCUACGUCUAAAUCAUCAGUUGCUGGUACCGAAAGAAGCUCCAAGACAGAAUGCAUUAAGCAGAAAAAUGAUAAAAACAAAAGUGCGCGACCUAUAUCUAAGCAUCAACAGAAAAAACAAAUGAAAGAAAAAAAGAAGCAUAAAAAGAAAGAAAGAAGACGGUUGAGCAGCACCAGUGGCGGCAGUAAGCCCAGUGAAGGUGAUGAUGUCACUGCAGACGACAUUGAUGACGUCACUGAGAAAGAUAUGGAUGACGUUACGAAAGUAGAUAUUGGUGACAUCAAAGAAUGUGCUGAUGACAUCGCUGAAGUAGGUAUUGGUGACGUUUCAGAAUUAGAUGUAAAGGACGUCAUGGAAGACAGUGUUGAUGAUCUCAAAAAGGCAAAUAUAGGUGACGUCAUAGAAAAUGUUGUUAACGUCACAGAAGUAGAUAUUGGUGACAUUUCAGAAUUAGAUGUAAAUGACAUCAUGGAAGACAGUGUUGAAAAUGUCAAAGGAGUAAAUAAUGAUGACUUAAAAAAAUGUAACGACGAAGGCGAUGGCAAAGAUGAAAUUAAUAAUUUGAGUGAGAGAUACGUGAAUAAUGUCAAAACCACUAAGUUUAAGUCUGAUGAAAAGGUGAUUUACAAUAUUAAUGAUCGCGGAUACAAUAAGGAGAGACUGGAGGAAGAUAUUGAUUGCGUUAUUAGGAAAGAUAUCAAUGACGUCAACAAUCUUAAUGUUCAGCACGUACGAAGGGAAGAAACCCACAGCUUAAUUGGGGUAGCAGCAAAUGACGUCAGAGCCAGCAAUUUUUGUCGGCACGAUGACGGAGAAGAUAUUUUAGAUAAAUCGAGCGACAUCAAAGUACAAGGGGAACUGGGAAAAAGCCCGCGAAUAUCGACAGAAAAUUUUAUCAGUGAAGUUUCAAAUGCAAAAUGCAAUGUUCCUUUCCACUAUAAUUCUCCAAAGAUAAAAACUGCCACAAAAGACGAGGUUGACACAUGGAGUGAAACUCGUAAAUAUACGGGCAAAUUUGUAGAAGAUAUAUUUAAAGAAUGUUUGCAAGAACAGUCAAGUCUUACAACAAAAGACAAAAUCAUGUGGAGUUUGGGUGAUAGUUCGACGUUUACCGAUGAAAGAUGUGAGGAUGACUGCCAUAGUGAAAUUACCUGUGCUUCUGAUCAUUAUGCAUCGAAUGAGGAGGAAAUCGUCAAUAGUUUCUCUGAUGACGAUAGUAUUGAUGAAGCCGAACCUGAUAUGGACCAACAAAAUCUAUUGCUUUCUGUAGAGUAUAAGAGAAGUGUUAGGAAAUAUGUGGAUACUUUAAUUGAUUCUACUCUACAAGACUGUUUGUCUAGUUUUCGAUCAAGGAAGUGUGGCAUUAAUAAUGGAAGUUUUCCGUCAGUUACAAAAGAAGCUGUUGGACGUUAUGUAGAUAACAUUAUUGAAAAUGCCAUUCAAGAUUCUUUUAGAUAUUCACAAUUAUCGAUACUGGACGAAAAGCCUAUUGAAUGGAGUGAAGAUUUUAGGAACGAAGCUUCGAAAGCAGAAAACGCAGUAAGCAGGUCAGAAACACAAGGAAUACUCUCAGAAAAUACCGGAGCUAGCAAAAUAAUUGCCAACAAUCAAUCAACAUCAGUAGAAAAUACAGAAGUUGUCCAUAAAUUUGACAGCAAUAAACCAACCUUAGUAGAAAAUAUGGGAGCUGGCGAUAAAUUAGAGAACAAUAAAUCAACUUUAGUAUCUGAAAUAUUUCAAGGCAAUCAUUGUUUAGGAAAUAUGGACAACAUUCCUUGCAACGUAAUGUCUGUUGAAAGUUGUUUAAAAAGAUUUUGUACUCCUGAACUUCUAGAUGGUAAAAAUUUGUUCCUAUGUGAACCGUGUAAUGAAGCUAGAAAAGAGAAAAGUCAGAAAAAUGAUGAUGAAGAUUCUAUUGAAGAUAAAGGGGAAACGAAUUGCAAGAAAAGAAAGCCAAUUUACAGUGAAGCUGUAAAACAAAUGCUUAUUAAACAGGCUCCACCUAUAUUGACUCUACAUUUGAAGAGAUUUCACCAGGUUGGCUAUUCAUUGAAAAAGGUUUCAAAACACGUUGCGUUUCCCUUGGUUUUGGAUAUUUCACCUUUCUGUCACAAGGCUGGCAAGUUCUCGACAGAUUCUGAAGGUAAAGUCUCCUAUGCCUUAUCUGGUAUUGUUGAGCAUUCAGGAAACUUACACGGCGGUCACUAUACUGCUUAUUGUCACAUUAAAAAGAAAAUGUCACCAAUCCUCAAAUGGAAAUUUGAAAACUUAACAGAACUUCUAAAGGCAAUGGUUGAAACGUGGACGGAGAACGGCAAAAAUGAAUUAAAUGCAAACGAAGAUCUACUGACGUCGAGAUGGUUUCAUAUCAGCGACUCGAGCGUCUCCGAAGUGAGCAUAGAUAAAGUAUUGAAGGCUCAGGCUUAUUUAUUAUUUUAUGAAAAAAUAAUAUAAUGAAAUAGUCAGCUGAAAUUAAUCUUGUAAAUUUAAUUGAAUUAAAACAAUUUUUACUGUA